UUUAUACGGAAGAUCCUAUCUGGCUCUCAUUUCUAAUUCUUUUUCAUUAAUCACAAUCGCUCUCUCCGUCAACACGGUCAACUCCUCCGACCCCGUUUCCGUGUCGCGAACGAUCUCCGUCCGUCGGGAGGAGGGUAUUCCGGCUUCCCCACCGUUGAAUCAUCGCAUCCAAUCAUGACUCCCGAAUAUGACUACUUGUUCAAACUUCUUUUAAUUGGAGAUUCAGGUGUUGGCAAGUCAUGUAUUCUGCUGAGAUUUGCUGACGAUUCAUACCUCGAAAGUUACAUCAGCACAAUUGGUGUUGACUUUAAAAUUCGAACUGUAGAGCAAGAUGGGAAGACUAUUAAACUUCAGAUUUGGGAUACUGCUGGGCAAGAACGAUUCAGAACUAUAACUAGUAGCUACUACCGUGGGGCUCAUGGCAUUAUAAUAGUAUAUGACAUAACCGACCAAGAGAGCUUUAACAAUGUGAAGCAAUGGUUGAGUGAAAUUGAUCGAUAUGCUAGUGAAAGUGUAAACAAGCUUCUGGUUGGAAACAAGUCUGACCUUGCGGAUAAAAGAGCUGUGCCGUAUGAAUCAGCAAAGGCAUUCGCUGAUGAAAUUGGCAUUCCAUUCAUGGAGACAAGUGCAAAAAAUGCCACUAAUGUCGAACAGGCUUUCAUGGCUAUGGCUGCUGACAUUAAGAACAGGAUGGCAAGUCAGCCUGCAUUGAACAACGCAAGGCCACCUAGUGUGCAGAUCCGUGGUCAACCUGUUGCCCAGAAGAGUGGCUGCUGCUCUUAGUGGUGUCAAUGGGUCCUUCGAGAUGCUAUACUUCCCACUCUCCGUGUUGGGCAAGUAGACUGACCACGACAAUGACGAAGCUUUUCUGUUCUGCUCCUUAUAUUAGUUCGAUUCUUUGAAUUAUGUGUUAUUCCUAAAUGUCCUGUACAAAUCACAGAAGGAUUGCUUACUUUAAAUAGUAUUGUUUUUGUUAUGCUUUUCUUUCCCUUAGUUAUGUCGACUGGUAGUGAUGCCAUAUUGGGUUAAACCAGCUUUUCAGAAAGAUGUGGCCCGUUAGGAAAAUUAUGUAAUAUGGUGUCUUUUUUUGCAUUAUAUAUAUAUAUAUAUCUGGAAUUGGAUAAUCUUCAAAUA